AUGUCUUCUCUCCAACCAAUAUUCUCUUACAAAUCCAGUUCCAACUUCAGUGAGGAUCAAUGGGUGAUUCAAAUCCGAAAAACCGUAGAGGAAGAGCUCGACGAUGAUAGUGAAAUCCCUGUCUCCAUUUUCAACAACCCCAAAUCCCUCUUGGCUAGUGACCCGGAAUCGUACACCCCUCAACAGGUUGCGCACCCUGUUGACCAAUUGACGAGGUCCGAGCUGAGGAUUCGUGCUUGUUACCACAAGUACUUGGAGGUUAGUGGUGAGACUUUGGGGUGGAUGAUGGCCAUUGAUGCUUCGUUUUUCCUCGAAAUCCUCCAAGUCUAUGAGGUCCAAGAAGGCCCAAGAGUUUCUUCAAGGAUGGCGCAUUUGGUUGACCAUGCAGGAAGGAAGUCAGCGCAUCAUGCAAUCCUUAGGGACUUGGUGAUGCUUGAGAACCAAAUCCCUCGAUUUGUUUUGAAAAAAGUGUUGAAGUUUAAGCUCCCAGCAUUGGAAUGUGCCAAAGAUAAGCUUCUUUCCAUGUUUAUGGGAUUGUGCAAAGAGCUCUCCCCAUUCAAGAUGAAUGACGAAGACAUGCCAAAUAUGGGAGUGAAUAUCCAAUUCUCGAGUUGUUUUCACUUGCUGGACUUCUUUGAUAUCCGACUUGCCUUGGACUAUCCUCUUUUUGACCUUCUUUCCACCCAAGACAAAGAAGCAGUCAAACCCGAAGAUGACAGUUCGAGCAAUGGCAUUAGCAAACCGCCGAAGAUAGAGGAGAUCACCAUCCCAUCAGUCUCCGAUCUCUCAAAAUCUUGUGUCAAGUUCUUGGCCGGCGGAAUUAGAAUUUCAGACAUCUCUUUCAAUACUGAAACUGGCUCAUUUACCCUCCCGAUUACUAGCUUAGAUGGGAACACAGGGGUGAUCCUGAGAAACUUGGUGGCCUAUGAAGCAUCAAGUGUAUCGGGGCCAUUGGUUUUCACUCGCUACACCGAGUUAAUGAACAGGAUCAUAGACACCGAGGAGGAUGUCAAGUUGCUUAGAGAGAAGCGUAUCAUCGUGAACCAUUUGAAGAGUGAUGAAGAAGUGGCAAAUCUGUUCAAUGGCAUGAGCAAGUCCAUUAGAUUAACCAAAGUGCCCUCCUUGGAUAAGGUAAUCGCAGAUGCCAACGGGUAUUACAAUGGUAGAUGGAAAGUGAAGAUGAGGAAGUUUUUGAACACUUUUGUGUAUGGUUCCAAGCCGUUACUGGCUUUCCUCGCUGCCAUUUUGCUCCUGCUCUUGAUGACAUUGCAAGCAGUCUGCUCAGUCUAUAGGUGCAGUAGCAUAUUUCUUAGGCAUAUCAACACCACAGUCACCAUUACUUAG